AACCCAAGAGAGAGUGAGAGGAAAAGUCAAAAAAGUAGAAUGGAAUAGUGGAUCAGUGGAGCAAAGCAAGCAGCGAUUGUCGAUAUUUUUCAUGAAAACAUACAGUUCGUGCAGUGGAAGACAUGUUAGAGAAUUAUAGCCGGACGAAUGUGUACAGAAAUGAAUUUACAAACGCUUUUUCAGGAUUUUAAUCCUAGCAAAUUCGUGGUACACAGUUGUUUGUUGGUAUUUACGGCGUUGUUAGCUUUGAAACUUGACGGCGCUAUAACAUGGUCGUAUUGGGCCGUAUUUACCCCGAUAUGGGUUUGGAAAUUCCUCGUAGUGCUUGGUGCAACAGUUGGCACUUACGUUUGGUGGCAGUACCCUCACUUCAGAUUAGAAGGAGAGGCGUACAUUCACUACAAGGCCAUGCUGAUCAGUCUUGCCAUCCACCUGAUCCUUCUCAUGUUUGAACUACUUGUCUGCGAUCAACUGUCACUGAAACGCCAUGUGUGGAUACUAGUCUUCAUACCCAUAAUUUUUAUAAGUAUAGUAUCCAUUGCCAUUUGCAUAUGGUGUGUACGACAUGACCGCAGUUAUGAGUUGGAGUUGUUUUGUGCUGUCAACAUUCUGCAGUUUAUUUUCCUGGCGCUGAAACUAGACGAGUUCAUCAACUGGUCCUGGGAAGUUGUGUUUGUGCCGCUCUGGAUUCUGAUGUGCCUGAGCCUUGUUGGGGUGCUGUACAGCAUAAUUUUCGCGGGCAUGCUGCUUCGCACGGCGGAGGCCAAUGUGCAGCAACGCCGCAGCAGCUUCCACGCCGCGCUGGCGUACACUUUCACUGUUAUACCGAUCCUGGUGUUCCUGGUGUUACUGACUAACAAAUUGGACGAUGGUAUGCAGCUGUCGUACACGGUGGUCGCUAGCCCGCUCUUUGUGGGUUUUGCUACACUGAUCGUCAUGUCCUUCAGCUCGAAGGGUGGUAACAAAUGGUGGUUCGGCAUCAGAAAAGACUUCUGCCAGUUCCUCCUGUCCGUGUUUCCGCUCCUCCAAGAGUACGCCAACAUCGCCUACAACAACAACAUCAACCGGGGCUCCAACGUGGUCCCCACCGAGCCUCCGGUCACUCAAGAACCUUACCGAGACGAAGACACAAAGAAAGUUAAAGAGAGUAAAAAUCAUAAGAAUCAAAAGAAGAAUGAAGCGAUGAAACCUGUAGUGCCUGUGACUAGUAUAGAUAUGCCUGAUUGACGCUUUAAAUAGGAAGUGAAGUGCUCAUUUGUUGUGUCCUCUUCGGGCAUUGGUGUUGCUGUUCAGUUUUCAAGGUGCAGAUGUUAUGUAAGUCUUCUUUUUAACUUUAAUUUUAAAGAAAACCGUUUAAAAAAUAAAAUACCUGAAUAUGACUAAAAUUUGGUUAGGAUUUUUAUUACAAAAACAUUUCCAUUCCAAUUUCUUAUGCCAUGGUCUUUUUAAGAAAUGACUGAAAAUGUAUUUUUAGGCAAUCAACUAUUCCGCAUAUUCAGAAAGUAUUUUAAUAGAAUCUUUGUGUUCCUGUUUGUAGGGGGCUUCAAAUAAAAUCAUAAGAAAACUGAAUGAAGACACUUCAUCUUAAGUGUUUUACUGUAAGCAAUGUUUAACAUAUUGUUAAGUUUGGUGUUAAUUUAACUUUAAGCUUUGUUAUAGGGAAUAGUUUAACAAAAUGUUUUUUUUUCUAUGAAUCUUUUCACCUCAAAUGUCAAUGUAGGUUUUUGAGGUUCAAUCUCAAGUUAUGUAAAGUAAUAUUGUUUGUGGCCUGUACACGUCUCUUUUUCUUUCAAAUGAUUUUCGAUAAAAUAGUUCUAACCACACACACUACAUUAAAUUGACUUCAUUGAGUGAGUGCACCAAUGAGAUAUUAUAUUUCCUAAUAUGCACCAAUAACAUCAGCAGAAAGCUGGCCCAUAUUUAGACUCCUAGGGCUCCUGGACACUUUAUAAAGCAUUUAAAAUUUAAUGUGCUUCACGGUCACUAAAGCCCGGGCCUGGACCUAGCCUUGAAGGAAAUGCUGGAAAUAUGGCCCGGGCAAAUAUAUGGGGAGAGAUAUACUGUUUUCUAAAAAAAUUUUGUGUUAUUUCGUUAACACGCUUAUAGGUGCCUGAAAUAAACGAGAACGCUCUGCCAUCCAUCCACACAUUUUAUUUAAAAAAUGAAGAAAGCUUAAUUGUACAAAUUGACUUUGUGUAAAAAGUUAUUGUAGAAAUAGUGUAGACGGGACUAGACGGGAAUUGUGAUUAAUUCAAUGUUAACACAUAAGUUUAGUUGAAAUCUUGUUGUAGUUAUUUAAUGGGGCUAUGGCUAAUGUGUAUUUCGAUUUAUCAUAACGGUACCUCAUUAUAAACACUGACAUAAGUGAGUCUUUGCUAUAGUUUUCACAACUUAUAUUUAUGGCCUUCCAUUUUGGUUUUAUGAUUAAAAACUGAAAUAGACAA